CCCGUGGGCGGCGGCGGCUCUGGAGGCGGCCCUGGGGGCGGCCCUGGAGGCGGGCACCGCCGGCAGGAGUCCAUGUACGCCCUGACCGGGCUGUACGCCGACGCGUCCAACAGCAGUGGCAGCGACGGCGAGCGCGAGGCGACGAGUCGCAGCGACGCCCUGGGCAACAAGGUCCUGGCCAGCAAGACCCUCAGCCACGACAACACCCACGCCCCCUUCCACAAGGGCCACGCACGGAACUCCUCGCUGGGCCUCGCGGAGAGGAAGGAGAAAUGCCACCGGCGGACAGCGUCUCUGGGUGUCGUCCCGGAGAAGUCCCACCACCACAGCAACACCCACCACCACCACAUUAGGAACUCCUCGCUGGGCCGCUUCGAGCACAACACCGUCAAGUGCCACAUCCGCAAUUUGUCGGGCGGGUUUGUGCCCCCGACGUUUGUGCCCUCAACCUUAGUGGAGAGAAGUGAGAAAAGUCACCCAUCCUAUCCAGAGAUCCCCACAAUUCUUUUACCAGAAACACAGGACUGUGGGAUUCUUUCAUGUAGGCCUCAAAUCUUACAGCAGUUUGCCACCAUCAAGGUGUUUGUGUUUCUUCUUUCGUUUUUAGUUACUUUGCAGCAAGCAUUAUCGUCAGGGUAUAUAAACUCUGUUAUUACAACGAUAGAAAAGAGGUUUGAAAUUCCAUCCAGUUUAUCAGGACUCAUAGCCUCUUCUUAUGAAAUAGGAAAUGUUAUCACUGUGAUUUUUGUGAGCUAUCUCGGUAGCCGAAGGCACAUUCCUGUAUGGAUUGCCAUAGGUGCUGUUAUAAUGGGAAUCGGAUCCCUUAUCUUUAUGGUUCCCCAUUUUGUCGCUGAAUCUCAUGCCAGCUCUGCAAUGAGCAAUUCGUCCAACGAUAAUAUUUGUAGAGCUGUGCCAAUCAGAGACCAGGAUAUGGGACUGGGUCGUUUGUCGCCUCACAAUAAUCUGCGUGGGGACAAUUGUAUAAAGGGCACUCCAUCGACAGCUGGACCAGUGUUGCUGUUUGUGGUGGCCCAGUUGCUACUUGGCUGUGGUGGAUCUCCACUUUUCACUCUAGGAACGACAUAUAUUGAUGACCAUGUCAGACCAGAGAGUGCUUCCCUAUACAUUGGGUGUAUGUACAGUAUGGCAGCAUUUGGACCUGUGCUUGGUUUCCUACUAGGAGCCUACCUCCUCAGUUUCCACAUGGAUUCAUUUUCAAGUCUACCAGUUACAAUUGACCCGGGUGAUCAUAGAUGGGUUGGCAUGUGGUGGGGUGGAUUUUUGCUUUGUGGAUUGUUACUCAUUUUAGUAGCAAUACCAUUUUUUUCAUUCCCUAAAACACUAACGAGAGAGAAAGAGAAGAUAAGACUUGUUGAAAAGUCCCUACCUCACACUGAAACAAAGCCCAAACCCCAAAAGUCUUUAGCGGAUGGUGCUGCAAAUGGUUGUCCUGAAAAUGGAGAUUCAGGAUAUGGCAAGGACAUUAAAGAUAUACCAAGGAGCAUGUGGCGUUUGGUGACCAACCCUGUGUAUGUGGUGACAUGUCUCGGUGCCUGCAUGGAACUUGUCAUUGUCUCUGGCUUUGUUGUUUUCCUGCCCAAGUACCUUGAAACUCAGUUCAGUUUGGGCAAAAGUCAAGCCAGUAUCUUCACAGGGUCCAUUGCUAUACCAGGUGCAUGUAUUGGUAUCUUUUUUGGUGGCUGUUUACUGAAAAGACUUGAACUGCGGCCCAAAGGAGCAGUUCAGUUUGUCCUCAUCUCCAACACUGUAUGCCUCGCAUGUUAUGGUCUACUCUUCUUCCUUGGUUGUGAUAAUGUGAAAAUGGCCGGAACGACCAUACCGUACUUCAACAGUAGUUCACAUGAAGCUCCCUUCACCGUAAAUCUCACAGCCGCCUGUAAUUUUGGUUGUGAAUGCGGUGUAAAUGAUGUAGAGCCCGUAUGUGGAAUCAAUGGUUUGACUUACUUCAGUCCCUGCCAUGCGGGAUGUAGAGAGCUUUCAUCUCGAACCAACUAUACAAGCUGUGCUUGCAUUGAUGGUAAUAUACCCUCUGCUGCGGGAACAGGAAACCGCUUUGCUGAAGUUACUGUAGUUCCUGUGGCUACAGCUGGGCCUUGCAGUUCACCAUGCAAAACCAUAUUUCCAUUCCUUAUUCUGCUGUUUUUCAUGACUUUUGUUGUUGCUGUUACUCAAAUGCCCCUGUUAAUGAUUGUGCUGAGGUCUGUCAAUGAGGAAGAGCGUUCGUUUGCGUUGGGCAUGCAGUUUGUUAUUUUCCGUCUCUUUGGAUACAUUCCUGCUCCAAUCCUCUUUGGAAACUUGAUUGAUUCUACUUGCAUUCUGUGGAAACAAACAUGUGGAGAGAAAGGAGGAAGAUGCCUCUUAUAUGACAUUGAGCAGUUUAGAUACAAGUAUGUUGGCCUGUGUGCUGGCAUUAAGAUUCUGGCAUUGAUCCUUUUCUCUUUGGAUUGGUGGCUUGUCAGACGACGUAAGCGGCUUGAAGAACAUCAGGAUCUUUCUGUUCAUGAUAUUGUUGGAUCAAUUAUUAGCUUGGAUAAAUUAUUUGAAGAGAAGUCUGGUACUCUACCUCAAGAUUCACAGUUAUCGCCCUUACCAUCGAACCACUCUGAGCAGCCCAGUGUCUCUUUAACUGCAUCUCCUGCCAGUACAACCUACAGCACUGUUGUGUCUCAGGCACUAGAGAGGCGACUGUCUGGAGAGACGCCUCUCACUACUCCUCGCCUGAGUCAAGAAAUGGAGAUUCACAGGAGGCAACGGGCAAGGAGAGAUCACGUAGAUCGGAGGCCAUCUAAUACAUCCUCCACAUCUACAGCAUCACCGCUUCCCCAUUUAGGUGGAAACAUCAACCGUGCCCUUGUUUUGGGCGAAGGGCCAGAUGUAGAUAAUAGUUUAAGUACUGAAGUUUCAGCACUAUGAUGAACGAAUUCACAAUAAGAGGAGUUUAUAUUUUUGUUGGAGAUUCAGGAUGAUGAAAUUUGUGAUGUUUUGUUGAAUUAUAUAAUGUUUAUUACAGUGUCCCAUGCAAAGUUUUGAUGAGUCUGUUUAGUGCUCAGUGCAAAAAAGCACUUCAAGAUGCUUUUUUGGUGUCUACAAGAGAGCAUGUGUGAUCUAGAUGUUUAUAUUUUACAAGUGAUUUCUUUCCAUUACACUCAAUCAUAAAUGUAUAUUAUAAUUUUUUAAAGUCAUUAAUGAACUGAGUAUGUACGAGUAGAUGAAUAAAAAUGUUUAACUUUAGUAAUCCUAUUUGUGUAUGUGAGAAUGAAUGAUUGAUUACUUUUGUUUAUCAUCAAAUAAUUAAGGUGCUUUUUUUGUUAGCACAAAACAUGUAAAAUUACUAUUUGUCAAUAUAAAUUUUUACUUUGUGGAUUCCCUACUUGGGAAAGUGUAAGGGUGAUAAGGAGUGCAGCUGCACUUUAACAGAAAUACGUAUGUCAAUUAUUACUAUGAAACAAAACUCAUUCAUUUUAAUUUUUGAUGUGCACAACAGCCUAUACAAUUUAUUCCCAAUGCUUUUGGUCUCUAUCUAAACUUGGGUUGUAGCACAUCCUUACACUUAAUUUUCGAUGUUAACCUACAUUAAACCCAAUUUUAAACAAAUAUUUGACAAAGUUCAAGUGCAUGUGAUAUUCUUGUCUUUACUUUUUGACUAAAAUCCUUCUGCAGUUCUCAGUAUGUUGUUGCCAUACUUAUGAUCACCUCUCUUACCUAUUUUUUCCUUCUUUGCUUCAUUUUGGUUUCUAAUAGUGAGUCUUUGUGGCAUGUGUUGUACUUAAACGCUUAACAUAUUUGUGCUACAAAAUAGCGAGUGUUUUGAUUAAAGAUACGUGCAUCACUUAGGAAUCACAUGUUUUCUUCUCAACAAUACUUCUACAUUUGUAGUUAGCUCCCCCUCACAAUAAAGUUAGAGAAUUAUGUUAUUUAAACAAUUUUAUUUAUUUUGGCUCUUGUACAAUUGCGGUGGAUUCAACCAGUCACUAGAAGAAGCAAGAUGUAGUCAAAUUAAUUAUGUUUUGACACUGAAUUCAUGAAUUGAUUUUUGGCUGCUUUCCUUGUAAGACAAGUAUAACUCAAAUUAAUGAAAGUAAUAAUGCACAGUAAUUAGUCUGUGGUAGAUUAUGUUGGUUAGCAAAUUUUUUUAAGUGCUUGACUUUGUAUUAAUUUUUCCCACCAAUCGAGGUAUAGAGAACUCAAGCAACUUCAAAACGUUGUUUAAAAAAAUUCAGGAAUGCAGGUGUGUAAAGUGCUGAUUCAUUCCUUAUGUUUGUAAUAGUAAUGUGUUACAAACCAAUGUGUAUUAUUAUUAUUAUUGUAUGUUUUGCCAUGCUGUAAAUUUCUUUAGAGUUUGCCCCUAAUUGUCCAUGUCUAUCUGGUUUGAAACAAAAAAUUGUUUCCGCUUGAGUUGUUGAAAUGACCUUAAUUAAAUUGAAAUUUGAAAGGGUUAUCAUAUCUAUGUUGUGAUAGACUGUCCAUAAACACAUGUGAAACCUCAAGGAGUACUCGUGAAGUCCUCUCACCAUUGUGAUUCAUAGUAAAAUGCUGAAUGAUGUAAGACUGCACCUAUGAAUGUUUGAAGCAGAAAUAAAUUUCUGGUAAAAACAU